AUGGACAAUAUGACCCACAACUCGAGCAGCAGCAGCUCCUGGGACUUGGACAUGAGCCUCGGUAGCCACCACCACCCUCUGCUCUUCGACCACCCCACCCCAACAGGCCCAACUCCGCCGGCGCCACCGCCACCGCCAUUAUCCUUCCACCUCCACCCUCCUCCUCCUCCACCACCUCAUCAACACCAUCAGCACCACCAGCAGCACCAGCUAGCCAUAGAUCCCUCCCCUUCUUCCUCCCUCUUCCCUCCUCCACCUCACCACCACCCCCACCAUCUCCACCACCUCGACUUGGCCGUCGACCCCCACCGACAUCACCAUGACUACCAACGUGACCAGCACCCGGACGAGAUGCAGCAGCGGCCGCCGCCAGCGAUGGAGGAGGGCUCGCAGCAGCUUCAUCACCAGGACGCGGUUGACGAGGCGGAGGAGGAGCUGGGUGCGAUGAAAGAGAUGAUGUACCGGAUCGCCGCUAUGCAGCCGGUGGACAUCGACCCGGCCACCAUCAAAAAGCCGCGCCGCCGCAACGUCCGCAUCAGCGAGGACCCGCAGAGCGUCGCUGCCCGUCACCGCCGCGAGCGGAUCAGCGAGCGCAUCCGCAUCCUCCAGCGCCUCGUGCCUGGGGGCACCAAGAUGGACACGGCAUCGAUGCUCGACGAGGCCAUCAGAUACAUCAAGUUCCUCAAGCGCCAGGUCCAAGACCUCCAGCACCAGCCUGCGCCGCCGCAACAACAGCACUAUCCCGGCGGAGGCGGCACCGGCGGCGCUGGUCCGAGCAGUACCGCCGCCGUGGCCGGGCGGCCGGCUUUCUUGCCGCUGAGCGCCGGAUCCCUGAUCGACUGGGCUGGGCUGACGAGGCAGGUGGAUAUCCACGGGCCAACGUCGUCGUCUUCCUCGUCGUCGAUGGGCGGCGCGCUAGGUUUCGGAUUCAGCACGGGCGGUCAAAGCAGCCACGGAAUGCACUGA